CCAGCUGCGCGCUGGGCGGGAGCGGGGCGCGCAGCGUGGUCUGGCGCUUCUCCUCCUCCCGCGCCCAGGCGGGGCGGGCUGAGCUCCUCCCCCGGCUCGGCCUCCCUCCCCUCCUCUGCCCUCCCUCCGCCCAGCCGUUUCUCCCUCCCCCUCCCCUUCUUCCUCCGUGAGGCGCUCCUCCAGCAGCCAGGCAGCAUGGCGGCCGUGGAGACGCGUGUGUGCGAGACGGAUGGUUGCAGCAGUGAGGCCAAGCUCCAGUGUCCCACCUGCAUCAAGCUGGGCAUCCAGGGCUCAUACUUCUGCUCGCAGGAAUGCUUUAAAGGAAGUUGGGCUACUCACAAGUUACUACAUAAGAAAGCAAAAGAUGAAAAGGCCAAGCGAGAAGUAUCUUCUUGGACUGUGGAAGGGGAUAUCAACACUGACCCAUGGGCAGGUUAUCGAUACACUGGUAAACUCAGACCACAUUAUCCACUGAUGCCAACAAGGCCAGUGCCAAGUUAUAUUCAAAGACCAGAUUAUGCUGAUCACCCUUUAGGAAUGUCUGAAUCGGAGCAGGCUCUUAAAGGUACUUCUCAAAUUAAGUUGCUCUCAUCUGAAGAUAUAGAAGGAAUGCGACUUGUAUGUAGGCUUGCUAGAGAAGUUUUGGACAUUGCUGCUGGGAUGAUUAAACCAGGUGUAACUACUGAAGAAAUAGAUCAUGCUGUACACUUAGCAUGCAUUGCAAGAAAUUGCUAUCCUUCUCCCCUGAAUUAUUAUAAUUUCCCAAAGUCUUGUUGUACUUCAGUGAAUGAAGUGAUUUGCCAUGGAAUUCCAGACAGACGGCCUUUGCAAGAAGGUGAUAUUGUUAACGUGGACAUCACUCUUUAUCGCAAUGGUUAUCACGGGGACCUGAAUGAGACGUUCUUUGUUGGGGAUGUGGAUGAGGGAGCACGGAAGCUGGUUCAGACCACAUACGAGUGCCUGAUGCAAGCCAUCGACGCAGUGAAACCUGGUGUUCGAUACAGAGAAUUGGGAAACAUUAUUCAGAAGCACGCCCAAGCAAAUGGAUUUUCAGUUGUUCGAAGCUAUUGUGGGCAUGGAAUCCACAAGCUUUUUCAUACAGCCCCCAAUGUCCCCCACUAUGCCAAAAAUAAAGCAGUUGGAGUGAUGAAGGCUGGCCAUGUAUUUACAAUUGAGCCAAUGAUUUGUGAAGGCGGAUGGCAGGAUGAAACCUGGCCGGACGGCUGGACCGCGGUGACGAGAGACGGGAAGCGGUCGGCCCAGUUCGAGCACACGCUGCUGGUCACGGACACUGGCUGUGAGAUCCUAACCCGGCGACUCGAUAGCACGCGGCCUCACUUCAUGUCCCAGUUUUAAUUUCUCCUGAGAUGGCACAUCUCAGUGAUACCUUCUGGCUGUACUAUGCGUUUUACUGAGAGUACAGAAUGGAAGAGGAAAUUUUUUAUUCCUUGUUUUGUUUUGUCUGUAGAUAAGGAAGGACUACAGCAUUUGAGACGAGUCCUUAAGAACUUGUCUUGGGUCUGAAAAAGCCAAGAAGAAUAAAGGAACAUUUCUCAACUCCUUUCAGUGCUUCCCCCCCACACACACAAAAAUCUUCUGCACCCGUUUUCUCAUUUGCCCUUUGAGCACUUUUUACUUAAACCUGCUUCUAGUUGCUUUUAUCACUGCCACAACUGGGCCGUCAGAGCCACGUGCUUUCCAGGCGAAUGCCGGAGAUGAGAAAUCCUUGAAACUUUAGCAGCAUAUGUUGCUCCAGAUUUUUUUUUUUAUUAUUAUAUGUAUGGAAAUAUAUGUAUACAUUUUAAAUUCCAUAUCUAUAGUUAUCGAACACUAUGCGACCUGAGGUUUGUGUUGAUUCUGCUCUGACAGGGUUAUAUGCUGUCAUAAAUGGACCCACUGUUUGCAGUGAUUUCAUUCCCAGCUGGCAACUGGCCUCCCUUCUCCCCCUCUGCUAGUGAUUGACCUUUGGAAUUGCGUGUCAGGAAGCACUCCGUCGGUGAGACUCUCUUUCCACUGUGGACUCUGUGUCAGUGAAUGGAGGUGGCAGAAUUCACUUGGGAAAAGGUUAUCAGGUUUUUAUGAAUCUAGUUUAUGUUUGUAAAAAUAGCCAUGCUCCAAGGGGUAGUUGGCUGUGGCGGAGCAUGAGAUUGCAGUAACACACUGCUAUUUCGGACCUCCUGUUUGGUCAUAAUGGGAGGGAAAAAAGCUCCCUUCCCCUCCCUCUCUUACGCCCAGGGCGUACCUUGGAGAUUCUCAGAGGAUGGUGGAGGUUGUGCUGUGCAGGAUGACAGGAAAAGACAGUUCUGAAAUCUCUCCAGCACUGAGCAGAGUCUGAAAUUCUGACAGUUAGUAAACCUGGUAGGGAUGAGAAAGGAACUUCUUUGGACUCUGGACUGUUCCCCUUUCAAGGGACACAGCUGUCCUCGGUGUGCCGAAAACGGACUUCACCUCUUAGGUGGCUGGGAACUGCAUGAGAAGUGAGCUCCGCUGCCUGACCUCUGUGUUCCUUUCAGUAGUUCAGUACAAAUGGGAGUGCAUCCCAUGCAGCCCUCACGGCUCAAGUCGCGGUCGUUAGAGUCUGCUUGCUUACCAGGUCUCCCUCUGGUAACUUGAUUGCAAGAUAAUUUGAUACCACUGACAUGUUACCCGAGUAUGAGAACAUCUUUCCCGGAGUGCCUCAGACCUUUAUUGCUUUAAAGGAAUGAUGAUAAUGUCUUCAUUACUUUUAUUAUUUUAAUGAUUUAUUAAAGUGGCCGAAUCUGGUAUAGACUUUCGGGGGUAUGUGUGUGAAGUUUUUUUAUGAAACUGUAAUAUUUGUGAAUGGAAUGCUUUGCAAUAUGAAUGUUAAUAUAAUGUGUAAAGGGAGAUUAAAAAGUUUGAAUGAUUAUACCACCACGUAGUCAUUAACUUUGCUGCAUUUGUUUGGGAUUCCAGAGGGAAGUGGUGGGAAUAAGGUGGCUGAUUUCAUAAUAUAAAGUCAUGAUCAUUUGAAUAAAAAUAUUUUAAGUUUAAUGGCUAUGUAAAAAUUCCAGUAUUGUGUUUAGUUCAGCAGUCUGCUGGCAGUAUUUGAGAUGCAGCCAUAUUUCUGAGAUCAUUUAAGAGAUUGCUGUGUAUGUCAGCAUAAAGCGCAGCCUUUGAUUUACUGAUAGUGGAAUUAACAGUGUGGACUUACUCAGUGUCUGUCCUUAGAAAAUAGGCUCAAGGGAGUUGCUAUGGUGGCACAGCGGAAACAAAUCUGACUAGGAACCAUAAGGUUGCAGGUUUGAUCCCUGGCCUCGCUCAGUGGGUUAAGGAUCUGUUGUUGUUGCUGUGAGCUGUGGUGUAAGUCAGAUGCGGCUCGGAUCCUGCGUUGCUAUGGCUGUGGGAUAGGCCAGCAGCUGUAGCUCUGAUUUGACUCCUAGCCUGGGAACCUCCAUAUGCCCCUUGCGCAGCCCUUUAAAAAAAAAAAAAAAAGCUCAAGGAAAAAAGUCUUGGUGGCCUAGUUUUAUUGUUGUUAUUAUUGUUGAAAGAUAAAACUCCAUACUGGUGAUGAUGCUUUUCUCAGUUUGGGAGAUUUUUAAAUAGUAUGGGUUGUAAUCUAAUUGUCUAAUUAUAAAUGUUUACUAGAUUUAGAUUAAAAAAAAAUCUAGGGUAAUUUCAUCAUUCUGCCAACCUCUGAAUAUGUCUAUGUGUUAACUUUUUAAAAAAUUAAUUUUUUUUUCUUUUGGGGGCUGCACUUGGGGCAUAUGGGAAUUCCCAGGCUAGGGGUGGAAUUGGAGCUGCAUCUGCCAGUCUAUGCCACAAACACAGCACUGCCAGAUUCGAACUGCAUCUGUGACCUACAUACAGCACAGCUCACAGCAACACUGGAUCCUUAACGUACACCGUGGCUAGGGAUCGAACCUGUAUUCUCGUGGAUACUAGUUGGCUUCUUAACCCCUGAGCUACGACGGGAACUCCACCCUUUUUUUUUUCUUUUGUAUUUUUAAAAUUGUCUUUUUUUUUUCCUCUACAGUUCUUCGUCCCCCUUGAAAUUAUAAUUUAGAAGGGAAACGUGUUGCCUUUUAUCUUCAUUUUUUUGUCUUUUGCUGAUAAAAUGGAGAAAGGUUACAUUAGAACCCCUUUGACAGUACUUUUAUAUUACUUGCCAUUCACAUGUCUUAAGUUAAUAAUAGGAAGAGGAUGUUUAGAAAUUUGCCAUUUAGCUUGCUUCCUCAGUUUGUCCUGGCUUUUCAUUCGUUUGGUUGAAUUCGAGAGCGAGAUGCUCCACUUGCUAAAGCUCCCAAAUGCAUCCUCCUGGUAUUUGUAAACUAUUUCUAUCCCCCCCCCUUUUUUACUUCCAACUUUUAAUUUUGAAAAUUUUUAAAUUUACAGAAAAGUUGAGAGUAUAGUACGGUGAAAUACCCCUCUGUCUUUUUCUGUGUCCAGUUGUUGUGCCACAUCUCUCCAUAGAAGCACUUUUCUUUUGAACGAAGUGGCAUCAUACUUCACCUGCUGCUGUUGCAGCCUCUCUCCUAAAACAUAACAUUUCCUGCAGUCACAAUACAGCUGCCACACCCAGUAAUUGGACAUUCAUACCUAGAUGUCUAAUGGAGAGUCCAUAUUCAAGCUUGAGUCUCAAUUUACCCUCAAAAUGUUCUUUAAAAUGUUCUCUUUUCUUUUUUGGCCGUGCUGUGGCACAUGGAAUUCCCGGGUCAGGGAUCAGAUCUGAGCUGUAGUUGUGACCUAAGCUGCAGCUGCCGCAACUCAAGAUCCUUGAUCCACUGAGCCAGGCUGGGUACCAAACCUACAUCCCAGUGCUCCCAAGCUGCUUAUCCCAUUGAGCCAUAGCGGGAACUACUAAAGCGGUUUGUUUGUUUUUUUUUUUUUAAAUCAGAAUCCAAAACCGUGGCACUUGGUUGGGUUUUUCUUUCUUUUGCUUUUUAAGGCUGCCCCUGUGGCAUGUGGAAGUUCUUAGGGUAGGGGUUGAAUCGGAGCUAUAGCUGCUGGCCUACAUCACAGCUACAGCAACUCGCUGGGAUCUGAGCCACGUCUGCGACCUACACCACAGCUCAUGGCAACACCAGAUCCUUAACCCACUGAGCAAGGCCAGGGAUUAAACCCGAAUCCUCGUGGAUACUAGUUGGAUAUGUUUCUGCUGCGCACAACGGGGACUCCCUGUAGGUUUUUUUUUAAACUCUAGAAUCCUACCUUUUUGCUUGUUUUUGUUUUAUUAUGGUUGAUUUACCUUACAGCAAAGCGACCCAAUGAGAUGUGUGUGUGUGUGUGUGUGUGUGUGUGUGUGUAUUCUUUUUCUCAUACUAUCUUUCAUCAUCUUCUAUCCCAAGAGAUUGGCUGUAGUUGCUGUAUGUAGGACCUCAUCGCUUAUCCAUUCUGAAUGUAAUGCCUUCCACCUUUUCUGAUCUUUCAUGAAACUGCCACUUGAAAAAGCAGGCCACUUAGCUUUAAGAAUUCCAUGCUUCCCUGAUUGUUCCUCAUGGCUAGGUUCAGGAUAAACGUUUUGGCAGAAGACUCCAUAGAUGGCAUGUUCAUUGCCUCACAUCGGUGGUAUUGACAUAAUGGCAUAUUGUCACUGCCACAUUACUGCCAGUAUGUUUGAUCACUGGGUUCUGUCAGAGCUUCCCAUUUUAAGAAUAUCCUUUUCUUAACCCAAUAAUUUGGGAGGAGAUAUUUGGAGACGAUUUAGAUAUCCUGUUCACAUAACGAUUUUUAGCAUUCAUUAAUAAUCCUUGCUAGAAUUCACUGUUACAUUGGUGGCUGCAAGUUGGGACUUUCUAAAUCCAGCAUCCCACCUAUGGUUUUUGGCUGGCACUCUUACUAAGAAGCACUUUUCCCCCCCACUCUACCCUUUUUGGGGUAUUAAUGUGAGCUCAUGGAUUGUUUUUUAAAAUUUGAUUAAUUACCAUAUUUGGCCAGUGGGAGCACCUUUAGUUUAAGCUUAACUCAGUUUGACCUGUGCCUGUCAGUCUUUGGACACUUUCUUGCUUUUUGCCAUAUCAGAAUGUUCUGGGUUUAUUAUAUACCUUUCCUGCCCCAGACUGGGAGUUGGCUAUUGCUCCAAGGAACCCUGUUUUCUUUGCAUGGGACGUGGUGUUUGGAAAUCAAGAUCUGGGUGCUAUUGGAGUGUCAUUGCUUCUGGGACUGUUCAGGGAACAGAGCCAGGAAAUGCAUUUUUAAAAAAUAAAUAACGACUUCAUUCUGAUACUUUGAUAACAGAUUUAAUACUAACCUUCCUCAUCCUUCCAUAUUCCGUAUUUGUCUUUUACAAUCUCCCAUGGUAAGAACUUUGGUUCAAUAUUGACUUGUUUGAUUCUGCAUGACAUGUUAAAAAUAUUUCAGAAUUACGACAUCAAAAUCAUUAUCAACAAUAAAAUUACUAAGUGCAAAAUCUGUAGUUCUUCUUGGAACAUACCUUACUAAGGGGAUACAAAAUAUUGAUUUAAAAGUUAUGUCAAUUAAAUGUGAUCUUACUGUAUUUUUUAUUACUCAAUGAAUUUUAUUACACUUAUAGUUGUACAGUGAUCAUCACAACCAAAUUUUAAUAGCAUUUCCAUCCCAAACUUCCAAUGCAUCCCCCCAUCCCCCAACCUGUCUCCUUUGGAAACCCUAAGUUUUUCAAAGUCUGUGAGUCAGUAUCUGUUCUGCAAUGAAGUUCAUUGUGUCCUUUUUUUUAGAUUCCACAUGUAAGUGAUAGCAUGUGAUAUUGGUGUCUCACUGUCUGACUGACUUCACUUAACAUGGUAAUUUCUAGGUCUAUCCAUGUUGCUGCAAAUGCUGUUCUUUCCUUUUAAUGGCUGAGUAAUAUUCCAUUGUGUAUAUGUACCACAUCUUGAUCCACUCCUCUGUCGGUGGACAUGUCCUGGCUAUUGCAAAUAGUGCUGCAGUGAACACUGGAGUACAUGUGUCUUUUUGAGUCAUGGUUUCUUUUUCCUCUGGACAGAUUUGAUUCUACUGUAUUUUAAAUUUCAUAAACCAUGAGUUACUUUUAAACAAUUAAUGCAGUGAAUCUUGGGGGCAAAACAAGCCAUAGGGGUGGGAAGAUUUUUUUUAGUGGUCUGCGAGUUAGAAAUAUUGGAGUUGACUGAGAUAGUGUGAUAUGAUUCUGUCUAUAUUUGGUGGUGUGUGACUUCUACCAAGUUAUUUAGCUACAAGAAGAGCAAAUUAUACCACUUGUAACGUGGAUGCGUGGCCCAUUUUCCAACAGAAAAUUGUUUUAGGAACAGAUUGCUUUACAAUAUAGGUUGCAAUAUGCUAAUGUUCUAAAAGUUAUUAAUGUGUUUUGCUUCAUUUAAAAAAUGAACAUCUGAGUUCCUGCUGUCGUGCAGUGGGGUUGAGUAUUUGACGGGUUUGAUCCCUGGGCUGGUGCAGUGGGUUAAGGAUCUGGUGUUGCCAUAGCUGUGGCGUAGGUCGCAGCUGAGGCUCUGAUUUGAUCCCUGGCCCUAGAACGUCCACAUGCCACAGGUGUGACCAGAAAAGAAAAAACAGAACAUCAAAGGAAAGGCAGCACAGUUUCCAAGCAUGGCAAGUCUGUGGCCCCACUCUUUGAACUGGGAGGGGCAAGCAGCCUCGUCCCUGACCUCUACUUCCUUUUGGUGCUAAGGGUGAAAAAGAAAAACCGUGGCUUGCAUUUGGUUAUUUUGCAAAAGAAAUCAGGAGUAAGGUGACCUUGGCUACCUGUUAUCUGCUGCUUUUUAUUUUGGGGACUUGCAUCAACAGAGCUGUCUAUACAUGGUAAUUCAAUUCUGUGACUAAAAAACGUGUCAACACUGGUAUAUCUUAACUAAAAAUGCCAAAAGUCAGUAUGUGGAGCACUCAAGAAGGGCUUCCUGGAAACAUUUUUUUUCACUUAGCACUCACUCAUGUUUGUUAGAGUUUGAAACAUUUUAGUAAUUUUUCUUGUGGCUGUCCAGUCUUUACUACUGCAAAGCUUUUAGUAGAGUUAAUUGCUUCCUUCUGCUGGUUGCUUGGCCCUUUUACUAUUACUGCAGCCUCCUCACCCCACUCCCAACAACAGACACAUGCCAGGACUCCCCCAGACUCAGGUGCAUUUACACUAUGGUGUCAAGAGAGCAGCACAAGAGCAACAGCACUAGGGCUCUGAGGUCUCUAAUUUUUUUAACUAGUUGCAUGGCUAGGACAAAUUACCCUCUUUUUCUGUGGAGGUAUCCUUUUGUGUAAUGACACCACAACUUAGUAACUUUUUUUUUUUUGUCUUUUUGCCUUUUAUAGGGCCCAACCGGUGGCAUAUGGAGGUUCCCAGGCUAGGGGUUUAAUCGGAGCUGUAGCCAUCGGCCUACACCACAGCCACAGCAAUGUGGGAUCCGAGCCAAGUCUUUGACCUACACCACAGCUCAGGGCAACUCUGGAUCCUUAACCCACUGACCAAGGCCAGGGAUCAAACCUGAAACCUCAUGGUUCCUAGUUGGCGUCAUUAACCACUGAGCCACGGGAACUCCAGUAACUUUUUAUUUUAUAUACAACGUGAUUAUAAAGCAAAUUUGCUUUAUUUCUGUACUGGGGUCAGAGGUCAGCAGAAAAUUCAGAAAAUGCAGUUUUUUAAACUCUUGGUAAAUCUGAGCCCUGGAUGAUUUUGAGGAAACAAAAUAGCCAAGGAUAAGAACUUUUAGUAUUAAGAUGCAGAUUAGAGAGAGAGCAGCAGACAUUUUAAAGCAAAUUUCCAUGUUUUGUUUAACAUACCUAGGUAUUUUUGGUAGGCACGAGUGGUUCUGUCCAUGUCUAAACUCGAGGUAGUAAGGUGGUGGAUUAGUACUCCUUUCCUGAAGUGACCAUGUGCAUGUUCACCUCAUCUCAAGGGAUUCUGUUAUGAUGCCAUCUGAUAAAAAUCAACCUGCUUAAAGGCACACCCCACCUACUUUUUUUUUUUUUUUUUUUUGGUCUUUUUAGGGCCAUAACCAAGGCAUAUGGAGGUUCCCAGGCUAGGGGUUGAAUCAGAGCUGUAAUCUCCGGCCUACACCACAGCCACAGCAACGCCAGAUACAAACUGUGUCUGCGACCUACAACACAGCUCAUGAUGGAUCCUUAACCCACUGAACAAGGCCGGGGAUUGAACCUGCGUCCUCAUGGAUGCUAGUCAGAUUCGUUUCUGCUGAGCCACGACAGGAACUCCUGCUUUGUUCUUAUAUAAAGUUCCACCAAAAAAUCUGUAUAAUGUCACUGUACAUAUUGGUCAACUUCAUAGUUGUUUAUGAUUCCUGUGGCAUGGUUCUAUGCAUUUAUUAUUUAAGCAACUGUUUAUACUUAAUAAAAUAUUUUCCAAAU